UUGAUGUCACGUCGCGAUUAGUAUGACGAGAUAAAGCUACAAAUACACCACACUCGUUUGGUGGACUGUAAGCAGUCAAUUCGCGUGUUCAUUUCAAGGAUAGUGAAUGUUCUUUUUGUGACUAGGCGUAUUGUUGACGGCCAGUGUAGUUAUUGGUGGAGUGGAAGAUAAUACGUUUGGUUGCCGAUUAGCAGGAAGACAGGUACUUUUUCCUGUAGUGCAAACAGUGUAUAGGAUUAACGGAUUAUUUUUGUAAACUGAAAACUGGACUGUGUAUUAAGUCAAUGAUUGUGAUUGUUGUACAUGUUCCUGCCUCGCUCUGCUAACACGCGGCCUUUAAUCGUGACCGCCGCCAGCAGAGCGUAGUCAUUAACACCUUAGGGAGCAGCAACAUUGAAAUUAUCACUGCUCGUUUUUCAAAGUGGUGCUCACGUUUCAAAGAAGAAGAAGAAAAAAAGUAACUGCUAUAGGAGCUCACUCCUCCCCGCCUCCAGACCUGCACGAUUGGUCCCUAUUGUUGAUAUUGUGUUCAACGUGGUAACGUUGAGCAAGCCAUCCGGCAGCAGCUGCAACAACUGUUCCCCUCAUCAUCCCAGAGAGUGUAUUGUUGGUGGUGGUGGUGCCAUCAACAGGCGACAUCAGGAGCAGAAACAUCUCCCUACUCCCCAGCACUUGUUGAGACGGCGAGGGGCUAAUCGGCCGUCAUUAUCGCAGCCAUCCCGGCCGGUUGUACAAGCACCCCGCGCUUGCUCCGCACACCGUCCACCAUUGCGGUCCAUUCCUACCGACGGCUGAGGAUGCACCCCUACUACUACGUCCAGUACGUGCCCAUCUCCCUUAAACAGGAUUUGGAGAUGAAAGUGAAUUGGGCAGCUUCCCCAAGCACGGCACCCAAACAGGACACUAGCAGUUAUCAUCGACCAGAUUGGAAGAAUGGCAUGAAAGAACAUUUUCAUGUUUUUGUAGGGGACCUCAGUGCCGAUAUUGAACAGCAUCAGCUGAGAGAUGCCUUCGCUGCCUAUGGCGAGAUCUCAGACUGUAAAAUUAUCCGUGACCCAGCCACAAUGAAAUCCAGAGGCUAUGGAUUUGUCUCUUAUGUAAAUAAACAGGAUGCUGAAGCUGCCAUAAACCAGAUGAACAAUCAGUGGCUUGGUACACGGCCUAUAAGAACUAACUGGGCAACAAGAAAGCCACCGGCACCAGUAGUCAAAGAAAAUGCCAAACCACUGGUGUAUGAUGAAGUGUUCAAUCAGUCUAGCCAAACUAAUUGCACAGUCUACUGUGGUGGUGUAACCACUGGCCUCACAGAGGAACUUAUGCGAAAAACAUUUGCACAGUAUGGCACAAUUCAGGAAGUGAGAGUUUUCAAAGAUAAAGGCUAUGCUUUUAUAAGAUUUAGCACAAAAGAGUCCGCCACACAAGCCAUCUGUGGUGUCCAUGGUACUAUGGUCAGUGACCAACCUGUCAAAUGUUCAUGGGGGAAAGAGUCGAAUGAGUCCAAUCCUUCCAGUCAACAGUCCUCUUCUAGCAGUCCUCCUGUAGUAAUGUUACCAUCUCAACAGCAGCAGCCCCUCGCAGCCACACCUGCGGCAACCCCGUAUGGCCAAUUCUACAAUAUGGGUUAUUACCAGGGAGCUCCUUAUGCAGCUACUGCACCAACAUACCAGGGAACAGUACCUGCUCAGGCCACCCAAUACAUUCCUGCUGCUCAUGGACAAUGGCCAGGUUAUUCCAGUUAUCAGGCUUAUGGAAGUAUGAACAUCCCCAUGAGUCAGUAUGCUGGGAUACAGGUGCAGCCAGGCCAACAGCAACAGUUUAAUGGACAAGGCCAGGGAAUGGUGGGCUACCCCAUGCCGCAGGGUUUGCUAGAUAACAAUGUCAAAGAUGAUAGUACAUAUGAGUAUCUUUGAAGCUUUCAGCCGGCCCAGUGACCUUCAUCUAAAGUUGUAGACUGAUCUAACUAAAGAAGCAAAUGAGACAUUUCCAAAACAUCAACAUGUUGCAGAUCAUUGAUGUACAUUUUUACAUUUUUUUAACUCUGGAUCAACAAGCAGUGACCAAGGGAUGACAUGUUAAGAUGCAGGACUGAUACACUUGAAACUGCUGCCACCACCAUCACCACAUCUUGACACAUUCAGGUUAACUUUGCCAAGUCUUUGGGGCAGGUUGAUCAUCUUCCUAGGUUUUUUUUUUCCUCCUCAGAAAAGGCUGCUCAUUUAUGUUGUUUUUCUUUUUUUUUUUUUUUUUUUUUUUUUUUUUGUAUGUAUGUGAAUGGAACCUAACCUGGACAUAGUCAAUUUGACCCAGUUAAAUGUUGACGAUUAGGGGUCAGUUUAUGAAUGUAUGGUCAGCUGUCACGACACUGUUUCUUUCUAUGAUUAUUGUUUCUAUCAAGGAUGUUUAAAUGUGUAUUGAUGUAUAUUAAUAAUAAAAAAAAAGAAAAGACUGAUGUAAAUGAGGUUGAGUACUGAGAAGGAAAAAAGUACAAUUAGAAAACUGAAAGAGUUUGUGCCUACUGAUUUGCUUUAGAGGUUCAUUCAUUGUACUAUCCCAUGUAUGUUCUCUUUUAAUGCCAAGUUUUUUUUUUGUACAUGAACAGUAAGUUAAUGCUCUGUGUAUGAUUUCAACCAUGGUCUAAGACAGAAUUUGUUUCAUUAAUGUGUUUGUCAAGCUGUUAGUCAGUGAGAUUGUAACCCUCCCUCCCCUCCAAAAAAAAAGUUUUUUUUUUGUCAUUAGUUGAAUGUAUGCUUUGAUGUGGAUCUCCUAAAAAUAAAGUUAAAUAAUGUAUAAUAGGAUUUUUUUAGGAGGAUUUUGUAUAGUAUCUUUGUCAUGAAUAUGAUUUCCAUGUAAUUGUUUGAUAAUAAGAUUGUUAGAAUUUUCUGUAAAAAGUGACUUUCUACACUGUUAUCAGUAUUGAUGGUGAUAAAAGAAUUUUAUAAUGCAUUUUUUUUUCUUUAAAAAAAAAAUUAGAUAAAAAUUAUCAUGUUCAGAAUCUAAAAAUUUUUAAAUUUAAUUUAGGAUACAUAAAUUAUUUUUAAUAUGAAUGCUUUCUUCUAGUAGAAAAAAAAACAUGUUAUUUUAUUGAGCUGGUCUAUUUUCACAUUCUCGUGAAUGAAAGUCACCUUUGAUAUGAAAAUUCUCAAACUCUGAGCACACUGUCUGUACAAAGUUGUUGGUUUGGGGUGUUGAUUCUAAUGCAGAGAAUUUUUUUUUGUUGGACAUUGUGUGUCUUGGAUAAAGGGUGUGAGAAAUUUGAUAUGAACAUUAAUCUGGUUUGUAUUUUGAUGGUGGAGAUUUAAAAAACAAAAAAAAGCAGUUUCAUUGAUUGUUCUGAGGCAAGGAGAUAGAGAUGUGCUUACUGGUACUAUAUGAUAGUCAUUUCAUCUUCUCUUUAGGAAACAUUUCAUUACAGGGUUGUUCUGUAAUCAGCUAUUGAAUAAAGAUAACAUAAUUUUUAUAAAUUUUGACACUUGUUUGUUUAUACAGUAGGAGCAGUUUGGAAAUUUUGUAAAACUUGGGUCUAUACAGUAGCAAGAAUAUUGAAAAUAUAAGGAGAAAAACUUCUUGAUGAUGUGAGCCAAAUUUUGAAAGAAAAGAUAGGAUGAGCUCUAAUAAACUGGUUUCCAAGUCUCUAUCAGAAAUAUCUUCAGAUAUUGAGUAUUUAAGCAUCAUUUUUUAAAUAUAAAUUAUAUUGAUUUGCACAAUAGAACAAAUAUAUUGCCCUAGAAGAUGGUUAUGUAUAAAUCAAACGGCAUGCAAACAACCUGUGUUUAUUUAUUACUACACUUUCAAAAUGUGAAGUGGCAGUCAUUUUAAUGGCUUUUCAUAAUCACUAGAUAAAUUACUACCCAAUUUUAUUUCAGUGAGUGCCUCAUUUCUAUCCUGAAACCACUUUGGAAUGAGUUAAAUUAAUAAAAUCAGUUGUUUUGUAUAACUAAGUUAACAAUUCACUCCUAUCCCAUCCAUUACACAUUGUUGUGAAGUUCCCUGCUUUGCAAAUAAAUCAUCUCUAAACUUUUUUCAAUAAAUUAUUAAUGCAAGUUUAUUAUUUUAAAAGAAAACCUUUAUAUAAGUUUGCUAAAAGUAUUAAUUGCUUAUAGUUUUAAUUUUUAAAAUGUGAAGCUCAAUGUAUUAUACGCCAUUUAUAGUUAAUGCAUAUCUAUAGGAAAAGUUUAAAACCGAUUUUUUUUCAAGAGGGAAAAAGUAACUUUGCUUAUAGGAAAAUAAAGGCAGUGUAGUUUUCAUAAGCAUGUAGUUGUUGAGCUGAAAUAGAAAAAAAAAAUGUGCAAGGUAGUCAGAUAAAUUGUUCUUUACUAGUGUUUGGCCCAUGCAUAUUUUGUUGAACUCUGUAAAUAGAUUUGAUGCUACUGAAAUGAUUUAACUAUAAUAUAUGAUACUUGUGUGAUACUUUAUCACAAUGCACAUUUUCUAUCAUGAUUGGAGCCAUCAUUUCAUUCGUUGUGUACCCAUUGUAUGACUCAUUCAGGCACCAGCUUGAUCAUGGUGUACCUUCCACCUCAUUUAAGUACAUGUACUAUUACUGGACAGGAGGAAUCCACAAAAUAUGCAGUAUAUGUCCUAUAGUCUGUUGGUCUUGUUCUUCUUUUAGGGACCCUUGUGGCAUCGGGGAAAAAAUGUAUUUCGGGUUAGCUUUAAACAAAUAUUUUUUUUUAAACUCCAAAGAUGUUUACACUUUUGGUGUAGUAAUCUGAGUUUUGAAAUUUGGAGGAAAAAAAAUUGAUUCUUUUGCACUUUGGAUGCAACUUUGGAGACUUGGUUUUCUAGUAUGAGCAAGGGCCCUGUUAUGUGAAUGUGUGAAAUGUCUCUUUUCAACUUUGCAUUGAAAUGGGAUGUCAUGUAAUUGUAAAUAAAAAAGAUCAUUUUUCAAGACCA